AUGAGUUACCCUACCAACACAACAUUACUUUUUGGACCUAAUUGGGACACUCACCGGUGGACAGCAUCUGACGACCGAGUCCGCGGCGGAUCGUCGGUUUCCAACCUCGUUCCCACUGCCCAAGGGGUAUGUUUUCACGGCAACCUCGACAUUGAAACACUGGGUGGUGCUGGAUUUGCUUCACAACGUACGGUCGGGCAUGAAGAGACAUGGGAUCUCACUGGACACGACGGGAUUGAGCUCAACAUCACUUCUUCGGACCACAAACGCUACACAUUAUCUUUGACGGAUGAAGUUGCGAGGCAGAGAUCAGACGGUCGGGAACAAAGUGCUCUUGUGUGGGAAUAUGACUUUUCUAUGAAAAAGGCAUGCACCGUGCGCGUGCCAUGGAAGGAACUGAAACCGACCUACCGAGGUAAACCCGUGGAAGACGCGAGAUUAUUGGACUUAUCCCGAGUGAAGAGGUUUCGGAUUAUGGCUCGAAGUUUCUUCGGUGAACAACAGGGCAAAUUCAAUCUAGAGGUUCGAUCAAUCGCAUUGUAUCGAGAGAGUUAUCUGGAUGAUCCCGGUGCUACCAAGGAGUGCAUGAAUUAUCAUAUUAAGGGAGAGGAACGGCCAGAGGAAACCCAAGCGGACAGGAAGUGGUUUCCGACUUGUUGCCUAUUCUAA